AUGGCGAGCACUCCACCAGACCUGAAGAAUGCGGAGACGCAAGCAAAAACAUUCAAGACAGCACAGCCCUACGAUGCGACAUUCGAGGAGCCUUUCGAAGAGAAGGCGGGCGCAGAGGAUCAUCCUUCACCGACUGGACCAUCUUCAGCGCAUUCGAUUCGCACUGCUCGUACAGAGCAAGACCAACCGGAUGGCCAGAACGAACGGCAACAGGACGUCGAGAGGCUCCAAACAACGACUACCAACACGCCUGUCUGGUCCGUCUUCUCAACACAGCAGAAACGCUUCAUUGUCUUCAUGGUCGCUCUCGCAGGCUUCUUUUCUCCUCUGUCAGCAAACAUCUACUUCCCAGCUCUCAACACACUAGCCGCCGAUUUUGGGACCACCGAGAGCGUGAUGAACCUUACAUUGACGACAUACAUGAUUUUCCAGGGGCUGGCCCCGACCAUCUUUGGAGACCUAGCAGAUAUGGCUGGCCGACGACCAGCAUACAUCAUCGGCUUCACGAUCUACCUUGGCGCCUGUAUUGGCAUUGCCAGCUGCAACACUUUUCCAGCGUUGCUAGUUCUACGCAUGUUGCAAUCCAGCGGCUCUUCCAGCACGAUCGCCUUGGGGUCGGGCGUCGUUGCAGACAUAGCGACUAGUGCUGAACGAGGAGUAUGGAUGGGCUGGGCUACCUCGGGCCCGAUGGUGGCUCCGGCAAUAGCUCCAGUCCUGGGUGGUUUGUUCACACAGUUCUUAGGCUGGAGGUGGAUUUUCUGGUUUUUGCUUAUCCUCGCUGGUACCUUCCUCGUGCCGUUUUUGCUCACCUUUCCAGAGACAGGUAUGCCACCCCACGAGAGAGCGCAAGCGUCCAGUACUGACUUCUUCGUGCUGCGCAGGUCGAAAGGUGGUAGGCAAUGGCUCCAUACCUCCUCAAGGGUGGAACAUGAGCUUGAUCAAUUACCUCCAAGUCCGGCGUCAACGUAGAGAUGCGCCCCCAUUAGAACGCACACUCUCUCAGCAGUCGAAUCGAACGGCACAACAAGCACUGAAACACAAACGAAAGCUUCGAAUCCCCAAUCCUUUGCAUGCACUCAGUUUGAUCCGGGAGAAAGACGUUGGCCUCCUUCUAUUCUACAACUCCAUCAUCUACUGCGCUUUCUACGACGUCAUGGCAUCCGCACCGAGCCUAUUGCAAGAAGUCUACGGCUUUGACGCCCUUCAAAUCGGUCUUUGCUUCCUUCCAAUGGGCACCGGCUGUCUUAUCGCGACCGUGGUAAGCGGCAAGCUCAUGGACUGGAAUUUCCGCCGCAUAGCCAAAAAGGUCGGCUACGAGAUUGUCAGAGGCAAAGCGAACGACCUGCGAAAUUUCCCACUCGAAACCUGCCGCAUACAGAUCGCGUUGCCCACGGUUAUGCUUGCUGCUGCAGCGAUCCUAUGCUAUGGAUGGGUCAUGCAGGUCGAGACCAACCUCGCAGCACCUUUGAUCCUCAUGUGCAUCACAGGGUUUGCUUCCACGUCGGCAUUUAACGUUAUGAGCGUAAUGCUCGUGGACCUCCAUCCGCUUGCGCCAGCAACGGCCACGGCAGCGAAUAAUCUGGUUAGGUGUCUCUUGGGCGCGGGCGCUACAGCGGUCAUCAUAUACAUGAUAGAUGCAAUGGGUAGAGGGUGGUGUUUUACGUUUAUUGCUCUGGUGGUGGUAGCUUUGAGCCCAAUUCUGUGGGCUUUGGAGCGAUGGGGACCGGGCUGGAGGGAGGCAAGGAGGCUGAGGGCGGAAGGGACGAAGAAGAGAAAGGAAAACAGCGAGGAAGAUAAACGGAAUGAGACGACAGAUGAUACCCAGGGCCACGAAACAGAGAAGACUUGA